GUUUUAAAUAAAAAAGCUUGAUACAGGGUUAAUGAGCAUGAAGUCUGGCAUAGAGCUGUGCAGAAAGGACAAAAUAGGACAAGGUUUAAUUUUGAACAUUUCAAGGCUCUCUAAAGACAUAAAAAGCAUGAGACAGUGUCCAUUUUAAGAUCCAUUUAUAUCAGUUUAAUUAAUUCAAAAACACAGAUUCUAAUUCAAUGAUAUGCAUUCAUUUGAGUUAUUAUGCACUCAAACCCAAUUAAUUGGCAAACGGAAAGUUUUCCACCUAAGAUCAGCUAAUUGCAUAGAGAUGCUAACUGUGCAGCAGUCAGUCAUACUGAGCAUGCAUGUGGCGACAGUGAAAAGGAUUGACUCUGUUGUAAUAGAAGUAAGAAAUGUCCAGUAAAGCCUGGCAGAAAGAAAAUCAGUACGCAGACAAAGGGAGCAGCAUGUCCUUCUGUGAAUAUAUUUAAGAAGAAAGCAAGACUGACAAACUCUUAAGAUUAAAAAGUAUGAGAUUUAAAAGUCCAGGUCAGCCUAAAAACUGAAAAACAUGACAAAGUGAAUCAUCUCUAGUAAGAAAACAUGAAGGUAUUGACAGGCUCAGCUGGUGGCUUCUUCCAAGAAGGUGACACAGCUAACCACACGCCAGCCCAUGUGUGACUUCUGAGAACAGCAAUAGAGAAAAAUAUGAAGUCAACUAGUUGUCAUUUAAUAGUUUAAAUGGAGAGAAUACACCCAUUUGAUUCAGCUAUUCCCGAGAACACAGACAAAAAUGUCAGUCUAAAAACAAAACAACCAAGAAACCUCAAUCAAUUUACCUCCAAUGCACAACUAUGCAUUUCUUUGUGUUGUUUUUAUUUACUUGGGAACCCAAUACAAUAUAUUGAACUGUGCAAUUUUAACAUUACAGAAGGUCGAUUAGUGCUUAUGCAAGAGCCCAUAACAUCUGAAUGCUGCCAAGAAAUGUACAGUGAAGACACACUGGCAAAGGAAAACAAGCAGAUUUUUUAUGGAAAGAAGGAGGAGCCAACAACAGAACAAUCUGUGUCACCUGACUGCUCGGACUCACAGGAAAUGACAUCAGAAGGGUUGGAGUGUGCCCACAGGGAGGGGGCUUUGACUCGGGAGGAGGGAAGGAAACAUUCACACUUCUCUGUCAAGCAGAAGAGACCAUGUGGACAGACAGAUGGAUCCAAAGUGGAGGACAGCUUCCAAAGGUCCAAACCAAGGGGCCCGACGCCCUGCUCUAACAAAGGACAUUACAAAGACAUCAAGAUAGAGGAGCCUCGUGGACUUGGGCCAUUCUACUUCUUUGGAGGAACCAAUGGGGCUGAAAUAGUGUGCAGCUACUGCGAGAGGAGAGGAUGGAAGAGAAUUUAUAACAAGCAAAGGGAAGAUUUCAGGCUCAAGUGGUGCGAGACCAAAUCUCAAAUUAACUACAGCCGCUUCAAGCAAGGUAGACACUUGGUGUUCCAGAUACCCAACAACAUGAUUCUCACCACUAAAAUCGGCCUCCUCACCAGCCUGCGGGAAUUUGAGAGAAUAAGCAGCAAAAUCAAAUACAAAGACGGACACAGGAGGCUGAAAAUGGAGGAGUUCAUUCCUACAACGUUCCGCAUGGAUGUGAAAGAAGAGAGGGAAGAUUUCUUUUCCCGCAACGCCCCACAGGAGGGUGAAACAGACUUGGAGAACGCAGAGAGCAGCAUGUGGAUCUGUAAGCCCACGGGCCUGAACCGGGGCAAAGGAAUCUUCCUCCUGAAGAACCAGCAGGAGGUGGCCGAAUUCAGACUGAAGCUACAGAAGAUGGAGGAGUACCAGGCUGAGCGUAAGAUGCCUCUCCGCCCGAUUCAGGCUCACAUUGUCCAGCGUUACAUCCAGAAACCCCUUCUACUAAACGGCAGAAAGUUUGAUGUGCGCUCUUACCUUCUCAUUGCCUCCACUGCGCCCUACAUGGUCUUCUUUCGUCAUGGGUAUGUCCGACUGACGUGUGACGUCUACGAUCCCAGAUCCAAAAACCUCUCUGCUCAUCUCACCAACCAGUACAUGCAGAAGAGAAACCCUUUGUACAGCCUGCUCAAGGAGGACACUGUAUGGUCUAUGGAGAGCUUCAACACCUACGUCAACGAAAGGUUUCAGGUUGCCAAGGGCCUGCCCAGGGACUGGGUGCUGGGAGCCUUUGCGAAGCGCAUGCAACAGAUCAUGACCCAGUGCUUCUUUGCCGUCAAGACCAAGUUAGACUGCCGCCCUGGAUUCUUUGACUUGAUUGGCUGCGACUUCAUGAUCGACGAGGACUUCAAGGUGUGGCUUCUGGAAAUGAACUGUAAUCCAGCCUUACACAGAAACUGCGAGGUGCUGAAGGAGGUGAUACCCCGCACUGUUGGAGAAGCACUGGAUUUAGCUCUGGAGCUGUUCAACAAGUGUCGUCUCAGGCAGCAAAUCCUUCCUUUAGUCAAUCAACAGGACUUUGUACUGCUGUAUUGCGGUGUCUUAGGACAUGUCGACAACAAGAGGACCGAUAGUAGUGAGUUCUACCAGAAAGCUAAAAACAACAGGAAGCCCAGACAGCACAAGACCAGGACAGAGAUCACAAAAGGGAAUGUUGCACCACAGGAGGAUCCUCUGACUGAAGUCACUGAGACAGAAACGUUACCUCUUUAUCAAAACGCAGGGUCAGUAGGUGGAUGCCAGAAGGUUGUCAGGAGGAAGACCGCAGUACCUGGAGUCAGACAGAAGCUGAGCAAAUGCAAUUCUGUUGAGGGUUGUUUGAAAGCCGAAGAUGAUGGGAAGCAACCGAAGGCUUAGCUGAAGAGAAAGAUCCCCAUGUUUCUGUCAUCGUUUACAAUCCAGGUGACUUCAGUUCUGUCUGCAGGCCUUCUGAUAAAAACUCAAACGGUUUUGGUUGACAAUAAAGACUGCCUUUCUCUUCCA